CCAUCCCGCAAACCACCCUCCUUAGCUGCAGGCACUUAUAAUAGAAGCGGCCGUUUCCCCUAGUGGACCUUGCAGUCCGCAUUUUUAUACUCGUGGUACUUUUGUUGCACUUAUCACCCACCGUUAUACGGAUAGAGAUCCUUAGCUGCCAAGGGCCUUUUUUUCUUUCUUUUCUCUUCCGUCUCCAAACCCCAGCUCCUUUUGUUUCUCGGAUUCAAUACCCCAUAAUCCUAGCGUCUUUCAAUCCCCACCGAUUAAGCUCAGCUUACACAAAGACGAAUCCCAAACAAAACAAAGCCAACGCCUCCUAUUAGUAAACGAUCCCCUUGGCAAGCCUCAUUCAAAAAAAAGUCCACCAUGGGCAAGGCAACAGACGAAAACCUCCCAGAGGUUGUGCCGGGCGACUUCCCCCAGACCGUGCCGGACAGCUCCCCACAGGCGCUGACGGCCGCCGAGGCCGAGGCGCACUGGGCGCAGCUCGGCGGCGGCGGCGACGCGUAUAGGUAUGCGGAUGGGGUCGAGGUGGUCGACCCGGCCAAGUAUAUCGAGGUCCCCGUCGGGCUCGAGGCAGCUCACCACAACACUUACUCGCCCUCGACUCCCAGCGGCAUGCCCUGGGAGAGGGAGCCCGUUUCGGCCAUCGACAGGCUCCAGGCGGGAGGGGUCGACAGCCACGGCAGCCAGGCCGACAGCGACGAGGGCAUCAAGGCCAAGCCCAAGACGAUCUGGGGCCUGCCGCCCAAGCAUUUCUAUCUUCUCAUUACGGUUCUGCUCCUGCUCGCAGUGGCGAUUGGCGCUGGUGUCGGCGCGGGCGUCACCGCCGCUAAUAACAGAGCGGCGCAGCGGGAGACCCAGGGAGACGGAGGUGGUGCGUCGAGCAACAACGGCGGAGGUGAAAGCCCCGCGCCAACAACCACGGGUCCGAAGCCCGUGACCCCGACGGGGACUCCAUACGACCCGCCGUUGAACGAGUCGAACCCAGACGGACCGUUUGUGUUCCAGGGCUGGUCCGGGGCGAACUUCACGGGCAACAUGACCAUCAAGUAUCGCAAGUACGGCAUCUUCGACCUCGAAUUCCCAGUCAUAAGCUACGUAUGGGACCCCGACGGAUACACCUGUUGCGUCACAUUCUGCGGUAACAAGACCGACACGAGCGGCAAGUACCGCUGUCAGUACAGAAAGCAAGAGGCUGCUUCGGCUACCUUUAGUCGUAUUCAUACCUACUGUGGCGGCAAUGACAUUACCAAAGCCAUGUCCUGUUCUUGAUAUUUUUCUACUUCCGAGAUGAAGAGAGAGAAAAAGACAAUAUUUAUUCCCAGGCUGUUUGUUAACUGAUGAUGAUUGAUGAUUCUGCUCCUAGUUUUACGACUUCAAGGUAUCUUAGUUUUUUAUGAUUACCUAACCUUCCCCAAAACAUGGUACCAACGCUGCUUUCUAGUCGCUAUCUGAAUUUUAAUGGUUGCCAUGUGUUAUCCUCAUCAUAACAUAGCGUGGAGGAAGGCAAAAAUUCACCCUGCAACUGACCGAACUGCAAAUGUCUAGUGAAUGUCUCCCCAACACAAAUAUUGAAAACAUUCGUGCAACAUGUACGGGAAGCUGGCCGACGAGUGUGCUGUCGGCAGCUCUCUCGAUCGGGCUAAUGCUACUUCUUUGUAUUCAUAGACCCAAACUCUUGAAGAGCAAUGGACUUUUCGGAUCCUGGCCAUUCAAACCCCAAG